GUCCGUUUCUCCAAGAGCCACCGGGCUGGUGGAGGCCUCUCCGGGCCCUGCCUUGGGGUCUGCAGCGGGGAUGGGAUGGAGGCAGCACGGGGCAGGGGCAGACACGCACGAGGAGCGGCGCGGGCCAGGAUGCUGCCGGACGCCGCGGUGCUGCUGCUGCUGCUGGUGGUGGUCGGCCUUCGCUCGGCGGCUGGAGGAGGAGCGGCGGGCUACGCACAAGUGAAGUACAUGCAGCCCAUGGUGAAGGGGCCCCUGGGACCCCCCUUUCGGGAAGGCAAAGGGCAGUACCUCGACAUGCCGCCGCUGCUGCCGAUGGACCUCAAAGGGGAGCCAGGACCUCCAGGGAAGCCCGGACCCCGCGGCCCCCCCGGCCCCCCUGGCUACCCAGGAAAGCCAGGCACGGGGAAGCCGGGCAUGCAUGGCCAGCCCGGACCUGCUGGGCCCCCCGGCUUCUCAGGCAUUGGGAAACCUGGCAUCCCAGGACUGCCUGGAAAGGCGGGGAUGAAGGGGAUGCCUGGAGCCAAGGGUGAACCCGGCAUACGAGGAGAGCAAGGACCCAGAGGACUGCCCGGCCCCCCAGGGCUACCGGGGCCAGCCGGCAUCUCAGUCAAUGGGAAACCAGGCCCCCAGGGUGGCCCAGGGCUGCCAGGGUUUCGGGGUGAGCCUGGCCCAAAAGGGGAGCCUGGUCCCCGCGGAGAGCGAGGGAUGAAGGGUGAAAAUGGAGUGGGGAAGCCAGGGCUACCGGGACCACGGGGGAAUGGGGGCCCUCCUGGCCCUGCAGGGCCCCCAGGGCCUGUCGGCGUUGGAAAACCCGGCCUCGAUGGCCUGCCGGGUGCGCCGGGGGAGAAGGGCGACAUGGGGCCCCCAGGUGGGCCGGGGGUCAGCGGGGAGCCCGGCCCCGUGGGGCCGCGGGGGCCUCCUGGCAUCGAUGGGAUCGGCAUCCCGGGGGCAGCGGGGGUGCCCGGCAUCCAGGGCCCUAUGGGACCGAAGGGAGAACCGGGCAUCCGCGGCCUCCCCGGUUUGCCAGGCCCAACGGGCUAUGGGAAGCCAGGCUUGCCUGGCCUCAAGGGAGAUCGUGGCCAGCCUGGGGUGCCAGGAGCCAUCGGUGAUAAGGGGGAACCCGGUGUCGAUGGCGAGCCGGGUGAGCCGGGCCCUGCGGGUGUCAUCGGGCCACCAGGGCCACCGGGGUCCAUGGGCCUGCCAGGCAAGCACGGGCUGCCUGGCUCCAAGGGCGAUGUGGGGCCCAGCGGGCCCCCGGGAAUGCCAGGAUGCGCGGCUGACCAGGGCCCGAAUGGCUUCGCAGGGAAGCCGGGAGUGCCGGGAGAAAGGGGUCUGCCCGGCUCACAGGGUCCCCCUGGCCCAACGGGCCCAAAAGGAGAACCGGGGUUCAUCGGUCUCCCAGGGGUGCCGGGAUUAACGGGCGCCCUGGGCCAAAAGGGGACUGGUGGGAUCCCUGGGCAGCCGGGGCUGCGGGGCCCCUCCGGCAUCCCAGGCUUGCAGGGACCCGCGGGUCCCAUGGGGCCCCAAGGGUUGCCAGGGCUCAAAGGGGAGCCUGGGCUCCCUGGGGCUCCUGGCGAGGGGAAAACGGGCGAACCCGGCAUGGCCGGCCCCAUCGGCCCUCCAGGAAUGCCAGGAACGCCAGGGCUGAAUGGGCCGCCGGGCCCACCGGGGCCACCUGGGCCGCCGGGAGCACCGGGGGUGUUUGACGAGACCGGCAUCGCGGGGCUGCACCUGCCCGACGGAGGCGUGGAGGGCGCCGUGCUGGGGAACGGCAAGCCGGGGAAGCCGCAGUACGGCCGAGGAGAGCUCUCCGCCCGCAUCGCGCCCGCCUUCACCGCCAUCCUCACCUCUCCCUUCCCGGCGUCCGGCAUGCCGGUCAAAUUCGACCGGACUUUGUACAACGGGCACAACGGCUACAACCCGGUCACCGGGAUAUUCACCUGCCCCGUAUCCGGCAUUUAUUACUUUGCCUACCACGUGCAUGUCAAAGGGACUAACGUUUGGGUGGCGCUUUAUAAGAACAACGUGCCUGCCACCUACACCUACGACGAGUACAAAAAAGGCUACCUGGACCAAGCCUCGGGCAGUGCCGUGCUUGAACUCAAGGAGAACGACCAAGUCUGGGUACAAAUGCCCUCGGACCAGGCCAACGGGUUGUACUCCACAGAAUACAUCCACUCCUCCUUCUCCGGGUUCCUGCUUUGCCCCACAUAACGGCUGUAGGGCGUGUUUCCUUUUCACCCACUUUAGCCAUAAACUGUCUUUUUUUUUUUUUUUUGAUAAAAAAAAAGAAUUAAAAUUAAUACAAAAAAGAAAAAUCACUGGGAAGAACGCGCAAGCCGUUGUCGCGGGACCUUGCUUCACGCUGUUUGAUCCAUGAGUCAAGAGGGUAAUCAGAAAGGAGACGACUUUUCUUUCUUUCUUUCUUUUUUUUAGGGGGAUAGAGAAGGGAGGGAGGGAGCAACUUCCUCGGUAAAGUGUAUUUGGAAUAAAUUUUACCCUAGUGACUGCACAUCAAACACAGGAACUCGCUUGGGAUGGCAAGGAUCUGGCUGUGCAGAACAUCGCUCUGCGGCCCAGGGAGGGGAGUCUGGAAGACCAGACCCCCCUGGCCUGUAAUCAAGUGCCCUCGCUUCCUAUUCGGAGCACUAGUCAAAUAAAUACAGCUGUUGUAAUGGAUGGUGUAUUUGCUAGUCAACACAGAGGUCCUAGGCACUUAAGACAAAUGCAUACAGCACCGGAGAUCCUUGAUGGAUUGAGAAAUUUCCUUCCCAACCCAUCAAGUGCCCACGUUUCGGGCUCCCUGAUGCUUAUUUGUUUAGACUGUGCUUUGAGGGGGCCUGUCUUACUCCAGAUUCAGUGUGGUUGGAUUUAUAAACAGAGAAAGUGGAACACUUUGCAUAAGCACCUUCUUAUAGUAAGUAAAUAUUAUUUUUUAGCCUUCCCCCCCACCCCACCCCCAAUCAUCUUUAGGAAUAAAACCAUCCAGGCACUGCUUUUUGGGAGGACGACAGCCAGCCUGGUCCAGAGCCGAUCAGGGAAGCUGGGACCCCUGUGAUGGACGAACAACGAUCCUCCCUCUUGUGUUAAUUCAUCUCCUGGGCUUGCCCUGUCCCGUACAUUUCUUUGCAGUCCAAAGACUUGACCUCACGAGCGUGUCAUUCUCUGACGACGCGGGGAUGGCACAAAAAGCCUGGCUUACAGUGCUGCUGGCCUGGUGUGACGGAAGGUUUAGUUCUGCUUUCUUCCAAGUGCCUCUUACGGACAACCUGCUUUCACUGCCUCACUACUCCAGGAUGUGUAAGCUUUCACAUUGGUAUUUUCCCCCUUCUCCGGGGACCUUUUUAUUAAGAACCAGUGAUAACUCUUUAACUUCCCAUUCAGUCGUUUUACAACGGUGCUAUUACCUACUUAACCAUGUUAUUUACAAGUCUAGUGCAAUAUGUGUCUGUAAAAGCGCGCCGUUCCGGGUGCCAAUCUAUGACAGGUUAAAAAAAAAAUCACAUUUGUCUGUUGUUACCACUUUUUGUCUCUCCAAUGCUUGAAACGUCAUCGACCUAAAUAUGAGCUACAAGGAUUUGGGGAAGGAACGCGCGGAUUCUGACCACUUGGCUGCUCUGUCCUUUGCUAAAGGGAGUGAUUGAGCUCUGCUGCUUCGCGGAUUUUCUCAUGGUAGGAUAGUGAUUGCCAGCCGCACUUAGAGUGAAGCAAUUCUUCUCAUCCCAGGCAAGUAGCACGCUGCUGAAGUUACCCCAUGAGUUAUACUGCGUGUCCCCCUACCGGGGCACAUCCCUGAGAAAAUGGCAACGAUUUGGUCACCAGCUGAGCAACUCUUACCCUCACAUUUUCCUAAAGCCUACUCCAUGGCCAAAGAGAAGAGAUGUAGCAGGAAUGGGACUUGGGAUUGUUCUCCAGAUUGACUGGACAAGAUAUUUAAACAACUUUUUCUGUUAUUUUUUUUUUCCUUUGGUUGUUUUUUUGUUUUGUUUUUCUGUAAGCCUGUCCCGUCUUUCUGUCUCUUGCCAUCCAGGGCUUCCAUUUAGAAACACCCCUAUCCCUGAAAUUAAGAAACACAAAAGCCUAAAAUUGAAAGGCCAGCACUUGAGCUCCUGCCCUUCUGGGGCUGGCAUCCCUCCACCAGGAUGAUUUGACUCCACAGAAAGCUGCAAGUUGUGACGUGAGGAAGUUCUCUAAAGUUGAAACGCAGCCUGGGCGCUUCUGAUCCCACUGGACGUUUUUAAUUCCUGAGAGCAGGGAGGUGCCAGGGCCACUUGGGUCCCGAUCCCAGCUGAAGCAGGAGCCAUACAGACAAGCAACCCUAAAAUUAAAAGUGGAAGCUCGCUUUCUUCGAGCCCAGCCUUGGGAGGAGGGCUCUGGGACGAAGCCUGCGUCUCCUUUAUCGAAUUUUCUGUCCUGUGGAGAACAGCAACAGACUGGAGCUGGCAGCACGGGACCCCCACUGGGGUCUCGCUCCCUCCGCCAGGCAGCUCUGCAGCGGCGGGGCGGCGACGUGCACACUACCUGCAGGAGGGUCCGCAGCUUCCACGUGCUCCCAGGGUGGAAGCAUAGUCCUUUUCUUCAACAACACCAUUUAUUUAUACUGUGCUCUAACCUACGUUCGAUCUCGUUUUGUUCUGUGUUGUUUUAUUCCAAUCUUCUCGUUCUAGCUGGCAAAAAAAAAGCGGCGACAAAAAUACUCGCUGUAACCAAACCGAGUCAGUAACUCGUUCAGUGCUGUAGAUAUUGUUUUGCAUUUCCACUUUCCCUUCACGUGCAGAGCAUAAACCAUAAUCAACCUUUUGCAGCUGUAUAACCUGUUACAUUUACACAGUAAUUGAAAGGCAGAGAGAUUACAUGCACAUAGGCUAGGAAAAACGAUGCACGGGACGAGGGAGGCUGUUCACUAAACCAGAUAUCGUCAGGAAGAUUUUUUUUUCUGGAGUACUGAGUACGUGAUAUUCGCCAGCAGAAGGAAUUAUUUUCUGUCGUGUGUGUGAGCGCAUGGGAUUUUGGUUUCAAUCACAGUAAUAAAAAAAAAAGGUUGGGUUGGAUGAAGUAUGUCUAUUUUUAAUUAUGAAAACUGCAUUACAACAUGCAUUUUUAUAUACAAAUUCUUACUAUUUUUUUUAAAUUUGCCUCUAGUAUCUUCAUUUCUAACCUAGUAUAUAGAGGUUUUUAGUUUUGUAAAUACUUAUUACAUGCACUGUCUGUCAUAGUAAAAGUUGGUUUAAAAUGCACUCUUUUUGUGAUCAGAAACUGGCCUUGUCUUCAGAACUAAAACUACAGUACUUGAUUGUAUUGACAAACCAUCAAUAAAACUUAUUGUAUAAAAGG